CUAGGCAGGAGGUAGACUAACCACAAAAGGAAUUAACUGGAACAAUGAAUCAGAAGGCAUUAAAAAUGUGCCUUGCUGCGGGUUCAAGUCCGUGCAGGAGCUGCAGUUCCCCUUCCGGGAAUAAGCCCCUUGCGAAGAAGGAUGCGAGGCAUCAGAUUUGAGCCUGUUGUGUUGACUGAGGUCUUUUGGGUUCGACUCGAUGUGAGUGGCUAACUUCCGGGAGCUAUUGAGAAGCUCCACGAUCCGCCAAAAUACGGGUCCAUUGGAGUGGACGGAGAUUUUGUGUCUCUCUAAAUGACUCUGCGACUGGAAUCAGGAUGGCUGAACCAGGCACUGGUGAUGGCAGUGGCCAGGGCAUGUCUACGCCUCGGGGCAGGGGCGCGGCUAUGGGCCGUAGAAUACCUUCUUCCCUCUCUCCUGGUCGCCUUCCCACCAUGCGCUCGAGGGACCUCACCCUAGGAGGGGUGAAGAAGAAAACGUUUACACCCAACAUUAUUGGCAGAAAAGCUAAAGAAGAAACCAAGGCUGAUGGCGAGCAUCCGAGGGGCAGGAGGGAUGGAGAGCGGGGGGGGCGUGGCCAGAGAGAGAGAGGCAGAGGCCGGGGUCGGCCAGAGGUCAUCCAGUCCCACUCCAUCUUUGAACAGGGACCUGCUGAGAUGACCAUGAAGAAGAGAGGUACCUAUGAGACAGAGAGGGACGCUCCCACCGUGGGUCCAUCGCCCAUUAUCAACAUCAAGAAGGAGAAGAGGGAGACGGAGGAAGAAACCAAAGAGAUUCUGCGAAAACUGGAACGAGACAACUUCAUAGAUGAUCCUCACCUCUGCAGCGAGGAGAGGAGCUGCCCUGUCCAGCUCCCUCUUGCGGUGUCGGGUUGGGGUUUUAGGGAGGAGUUUACGCCUGAAGUAGCGAAAAUUGAAAAGGAGGAGGAGGAGGGCGUUGACUGCAUGGAACCUGAAACGAAAGUGAAGCAGGAGCCCACAGAGGUGGAGAUCAAGAAGGUGGAGUCUGCGUUCCGGCCCCCCCCGCUGCCCGAGCCCGAGGUUCUGCCCGAGCUGCUCCAGAGGUGGAGCCUGAGCAAAGGGGAGGAGCUGUUCUUCGUGCAGCUGCCCGACUCGCUGCCCGGCCAGCCGCCCAGCAUGGAGACCCGGCCCAUCAAGACGGAGGUGCAGUCGGCCGACGGACAGGUCAUGGUGCAGAAGACGGACCCACAGGAAGACGAAGAGGAGGAGAACAGCUGCACGCUGAAGGACCUCAGAGAGGGCCUUGUGGGGAAGAUGUUGGUGCGGAAGUCCGGCCGCGUCCAGCUCAUCCUGGGACACAUCAAGCUGGACGUUUCUCUGGGAACGUCCUGUGCUUUCCUUCAGGAACUGGUAUCUAUUGGGACAGAAGGCCGGACAGGGGAUAUGACCGUAUUGGGUCACAUCCAACACAAAAUGGUCUGCUCACCAGACUUUGAAGCACUCCUAGAAAGCAACAUAUAAUGCUGCUGAAGGCCAUGUGAAUGGUGGACAGUCCUUUUUGGACCUUAUGUUUGUACCUUAAGUACAAAAAAUAAGUGUUUGCUAUCACCUAAAGAAAUGUAUAAAUAUUGUAAUAAUAGUGUUCGUUUUGCAUUUUGAUUCAUAUUGGUGGUUGAAAACUUCUAUAUGAUUAAACAAUUGUUUUGUUUUUGUUGUAUAGACACAAUUAUCAAUACUAUUAUUAAUUGAUGUACAUGUGUGAAUAAACAGAUUUUUGACAUCCCAA